AUGUUAACACAUGGAAUUAAGACAUACCCAUUGAUCAACCCAUUACACUGGGGUUACAAUGGUACUGUAGAAGAACAUAUAAGUGAUAGUGGUUCCGUUGAACUUACAUUAACGGAUACUAAAGAAACUAUACCGUUUAAUGAAUUUGUUCAACAGUAUGUACCUUCAUUAAAGAAUGGUGCUAAAUUUAAAUUAGAUCCCAAAAUUUUUACUGGUAUUUUACAAACCAUGUAUUUAAGUACUGCAGAUUACUCUAAAUCGUUCCCUGUAUUCUACGGUAGAGAAAUUGUUAAAUUUGAAGAUGGUGUAUGUACUGCCGAUUGGGUUAAAUCAGAUUGGGCAGUUAAGUAUAAUCAAGAUAAAAAUACUGGUAAAUUUGAUAAAGAGACCUUUAAAGAAGAUGAAGCAAAUACUCAUCCUGAUAAUUGGCCUCGUUUACACCCUCGUACUAGAUAUAUGUCUGAAUCUGAAUUGAGUGAGACUCAUAAUGAUACACGUCCUAUUGUAAUUAUCAUGCAUGGUCUAGCAGGUGGUUCUCAUGAACCUAUUAUAAGAUCUCUUGCUAUGCAUUUAUCUCAAAUUGACAAUGGUAGGUUUCAAGUUGUUGUAUUGAACACUAGAGGUUGUGCAAGAUCCAAGAUUACUACUCAUGCAUUAUUUACUGGGUUACAUACUGCUGAUAUUGAACAUUUCACAUUAAGAGAAAAAGAAAGACAACCAAAUAGAAACCUUUAUGCAGUAGGUUGUUCCUUCGGCGCUUUAAUGUUAUCUAAUUAUUUAGGUCGUGUUGGUGAAAAGACCCCGUUAAAAGCAGCAGCAACUUUAUGUAAUCCAUGGGAUAUGGUUUUAUCAGCUGAUAAAUUACAAAAUGAUUUUUGGUCAAGAAAUUUAUUUUCCAAGACAAUUACUCAAUUUUUAGUAAGAUUAGUUAAAGUAAAUAUGGGCGAAUUAGAGGUUCCAGAAGGUACAAAACCUGAAAAUGAACCCACUGUAGAAAAUCCACAAUUUUAUACUUUCACUCAAUCCAAUUUAAAGAAAGCUUUUAAAUUAACCAAAAUUAUUGAAUUUGAUGAUAUGUUUACUGCACCAUGUUUAGGAUUUAAAAGUGGUAUGGAUUAUUAUAGAGAAGCCACUGCAUUAAAUAGAAUUCAAAAUAUUGCCAUUCCAUUAUUAGCAAUAAAUUCAAAGGAUGAUCCAGUUGUUGGAAAUAUUGCAAUUCCACAAGAAUAUUUAAAUAAAAAUUCAAAUGUUUCUUUAUAUGAAACAGAUUUAGGUGGUCAUUUGUCAUAUAUUCAAUCCGAUGGGGACUCAUGGUCUACUAGAACUCUAGCUCAAUUCUUUGAUAGUUUUGAUAAAAAUGUAUUGUAA